AUAUUUCGUGUAGCUACUGCGUUGGUUGGUUCCGCGUGUCUCGGAUACCCCAAAACUGAAAUUGGUCUGGCGGUGGAAUGUUCUCUUCAUAUUUACCCAGCAAUCAGCCGGUGUUUUUUUUGUUAAAUUGAUAGAUAAUUAUUUUCGAGUAAGGAAGAUGAGUGACAGUGAUCGCGAUGAUGCAUUUGUCGUAGCUGUGCCGAUGAGUAAAGUUAAAAUAGCAGCUGCGCCUGCUGCUGGUUCCAGCAAAACUCCACCCACUCCAGCUUCCGCCAAGAAGAGGAAGUCGGCCACACCCACCAGUGGCAAAAACGGCGGAUCCAAGAAGAAGAAGCAGGAGGAGGAUGCUGAUGGAGAGGAAGGGGAGCCGACUGUCCGCUUUUGUCAACCUGACUCUGAUGAUGAAGAUGAGGAAUUGACUACAAGAAGGAAGUGGGCGAUAGUGGAAAAGAAGGUAGAUGGGAAAAGAUUCUCCCCAGCACCACCCACACAGCCUGACCACCGUUACAUUGGAAGGAAAAUCCAGAUUAGGGAAGACAAACCAAUUCCAACUUGGUGGAAAAUUGCAAAGGUCUUGCAAACAGAGAGGAGAAUGUCUAAUAAACCUGAAGACGUGACCGACAGCCCCUUGCGUCAGCUCUAUUUCAAACUGGGAGCAGAGGAGGAAAUGGAUGAAGGGUCCCAACAAUCUCAACCUUUGUCUCAGCUCACUCCUUUGACACCCGAAAUCAUCCCACCCAAAAACCUCAUACUGACCACAGAAAUUAGGGCCCGUGCUGAAGAAGAGAUCCGCAAAGCAGGGAAGGAAGGGUUGGAAAUUGUAGGGACAACCCUCAGGGUUGUAUGUAUGCCACCCAAUACAGCUAAAAAACGACCAUGGGAACUCUUUGCAGUUAGAGAUGUGACCAGCUACCACUACAUCUGUACAGCCAAGUCAAACUGUUUACGAUACCAUGGCACUACAGUAAACCAAAAUCCCAAGUGUAGUGUGCACAAGGGAAGGAAAGUUGGAUUUGUUUUGCCCGAAUUCACCGAUGCUGCGAAUAAGAAGAAUGAGGUGGUGAUGCACGCAAUUGCAUCAUUUACUUUUGAAGAUGCAGACGAACAAGAAAAAGAAGAUAAUGCAACGAAAGCAUUGGGGGUCCCAGUAUUAGGGAUGAAUCAAACGUAUGGGUGGCCGUUGUACAAACAGGAACGUGAGCAAUUAGGGAAACCAACCCCACAACUCCUGGAAAUUAAAGAGCGGCGGCGUUACUUUAUCAAUGACGAGGAUCUCAUGUUAGCUGAGAAUGAACUGAUGAAAGUUUAUGCAGCCAGACAAACAACUACGCUCUUCACGAUGUUGUUAUGGCCCGAUACCACUAUCAAAAUCAUUUGUUUAAACUUGAUGAUCAAUCUCCCGAAUGGGGCAUACAGGGAAUUUGUUGAAGAGAUGGACUUGCAUGGACUUGAGCUUAAAAUUCACGACAAAAUCAUCCCUGACACCGCUAAGAAGUUGCAGGGCUCAGAGAUACCAUUCCUUCUAAAAGCCAACAAGAUUGAAACAAUUGGGUCUCUUCUCAAACGAGGGAAGGAGUUGAAGAAAGGAAAAGUAGCUGCAUUAUACUUUGUUGCUAGUCCCUUCGUAAUUUAUGCAGGCCAGGCUUUGAAACUUAACGUCCACACUGAAAAGCAACACCUAUCGGACCCCGUAAUUGAUUAUAAAAAUAACAAAGGCGACCAUCCUAACCCUCUGCUUGUCCCCAUCGGAAUCGUUCUUGCUGAGGACCGAUACAAAUGGGAGUUUAUUCUUCAGAUGUCUGCCCUGAUCCACUCUCUUCUUCGUCUUCCUAACCGCAUCAAUCCAGAGAUAUUUGUUGGUCAGUCUCACCCAAUCUGUAUUAAUCGCCAGGCUAACUCUACGUAUUUAGAUAAGAAUUCUUGGGAGAUUAUUCAUAAUUACUUGAUGAAACACUUUCUUGUUGAUGUUUUCUUGGGUCCAAAGGGACACUAGUAUAUACUCUUAUAGAUACCAGUAACGAAUGAAAUGUAAAUAAAAACUUUCCAUUUCCUGAA